AAUUAACUGUACGUCGUUCGAGACUGGACGAACGACAAGUCUACCACCCGUCUUUCCUUAAAACCGAAAAGCGCAACUUGCCUUACUCCUUCUUUCUCCUCUACUCACCUCUCCCUGUGACUCCUCCCCUUCAAAGUAAAACACUCUCAAGGAGAUAGGGCGCAUUCCCAACGGCCACUUCCAAGGCUCCGACGGCGACUUUAUGGAACAUUCAACAACGUACUAAUAAAGCUUUCUCUGCACAAGUCUUCAAACACCACCGCCGCCACCACCGCCACCACGACGCCCGACGACACACCGAAACCCCUCCCCGGCAGCUCGACGCUUCAACAGCAACCCGAAUCCAACUACACGAACCCCCUCCGAAAUCAACUUGAAAUGACCGACAUCUCGACAGUAGCUGCCAACGCCCGCGCCGAGCGCCGCAGCAAGUACCACGAGGCCGAUGUCGUCGUCGUCGGCGCUGGUGUUUUUGGCUGCGCCAUUGCCUACGCCUUGGGCCAGCAGGGGAGAAGCGUCAUCUUGCUCGAGAGGUGGAUGAAGGAACCUGACCGCAUUGUCGGCGAGCUUCUGCAGCCUGGCGGCAUCGUCGCCCUGCGCCAAUUGGGUCUGGCCGACACCCUUGAGGGUAUUGAUGCCAUGCCCUGCAGCGGCUACAAAGUCAGCUUCCACGGCGAGGGAGUCGACAUUCCCUACCCCUCCUUUGACGAGAACGGGCGCAUGAUCCACCCCUCCAACAGCACCGAGUCGACGUCUUCGAGCGCAAAGCAGAAGGAGGGCCGCUGUUUCCACCACGGUCGCUUCAUCAUGAACCUCCGCAGGGCUUGCCAGAGGCAGGAGAAUAUCACCAUUUUCGAGACCGAGGUGACGGCAACGGUACGCGGCGACGACCAGAACACUGUCCUGGGCGUCAGGUCCAAGACGACGGAUCCCGUGACGGGUGACAAGAAGGACGACUAUUUCUUUGGCCAGCUGACCAUCAUCGCCGACGGCUACGCCUCCAAGUUCCGCAAGGAGUGCCUUCCUGAGGUCCCCACGGUCAAGUCCAAGUUCUAUGCACUCGAGCUCAUCGACGCCCCCAUGCCAUCGCCCGGGUACGGCCACGUCGUCAUCGGCAAGGCCUUCCCCGUCCUCAUGUACCAGAUCGGCACCCACGAGACCCGCGCCCUCAUCGACGUGCCUGCCAACAUCCCCGAGGCUGCGCCCGCCGCCGGCGGCGUCCGCGGCUACAUCAAGAAUGUCGUUAUGCCGUCCCUGUCGCCCCAGAUGCGGCCGUGCUUCGAGGCCGCCCUCGCCGACGGCAAGAUCCCCCGCUCCAUGCCUAACUCAUAUCUGCCUCCCUCGCGGCAGACGGCGAACGGCAUGCUCCUCCUCGGCGAUGCCCUCAACAUGCGUCACCCCCUGACGGGCGGUGGCAUGACCGUUGCCUUCAACGACUGCGUCAUCCUGUCCGACCUGCUCCACCCCUCGCGCGUGUCUGAUCUUGCCGACCCCGUCGCCAUCAAGAACGUGAUGCGCGAGUUUCAUUGGCGCCGCAAGAGCCUGACUUCCAUCAUCAACGUGCUGGCCAUGGCCCUGUACGCCCUAUUUGCCGCUAACGACCGCCAACUGCGCGCCCUGCAGAUGGGCUGCUUUCAAUACUUUCACCGUGGUCACGCCGCGGAGCCCAUGGCGCUCAUGGGCGGCCUCAUGCACCAACCGUCUAGGCUCGCCUACCACUUUUUCAGCGUCGCCUUCCUCGCCAUCUGGCUCAACGCCCUUGACGUCAUGAGCGGCAGCGUCUUUGGCUUCCUCAAGGCGCCCCUGGCGCUCAUCGAUGGCAUCCUGAUUCUCUGGAGAGCAAGUGUUGUGUUCUUGCCCGUCAUGUGGCGUGAGCUGAGAUAGAGAUAUGUAGGCGAUUGAUGGGGGAAACCCCACGGUUAUUAGAUUAGACAUGAGCGAGAGGCGUUGGCGGAAUGAGUGAUGAACCAACUAAAGACAAGAAGGAAAUGGGAUUUGGAAUCCUCCUUCCGGGGUCCUAUGUUAGGAGGAUCCUCGGGCUGUACAUAUACACAUACACAUACGACGAACCAUGUUUGGGACGGAAGCGGAUCAUUGGAUCACUGGGUGUAGAUACAGGCGUAUUAGGCCGCAUUGUAAUCUUAAUAU